AUGACAUCAACUUAUCGUCCUAAUGAAUCAAAACGAGAAGAAUUUCGUCGUUAUCUUGAAAAGGGUGGUGUUGUUGAUGCCAUUACACGAGCUUUAGUUGCUUUAUAUGAAGAAGCUGAAAAACCAAAUAAUGCAACAGAAUUUGUUCGACGAUUUAUGGGUGCAAGUGGACCUGAUUCAGCUGAAAUAGAAACAUUAAAAACUGAAAUAAUGGCUAUGCGUGAAAAACUUGAUGACUUAGUACGAGAAAAUGAAACAUUAAAAGAAAAAUUACAAAAAUAUGAAAAUGGAGAACGUGGACAAUAG